CUGCACGUUCUCAGCGCCAAGUCACAGUAACGCUCUUCUCAAGGGCCUUUCCGCUCUACGAGAACAAGGCCAGUUACUGGACGUAGAGCUGGCCAUUAACAGCCAGCGCUUCCAGGUUCACAAAGCCGUGUUGGCCUCCUGCAGUGACUACUUCAGAGCUAUGUUUACCGGAGGGAUGAAGGAAUCAAACCAGGACUCGAUCGAGUUGAAAGGCCUGUCAGCUCGUGGCUUGAAGCACAUCAUUGAUUUUGCCUAUAGUUCAGAGGUCACUCUCGACCUGGACUGUAUCCAGGAUGUCCUCGGCGCGGCCGUCUUUCUGCAGAUGGUACCGGUCGUCGAGCUCUGCGAAGAGUUCCUCAAAUCGGCCAUGAGCGUCGAGACCUGCCUGAACAUCGGACAGAUGGCCUCCGCUUUCAACCUGUCCUCUCUAAAGGAGUCUGUAGACGCGUUUACGUUCCGCCACUUCCUACAGAUCGCGGAAGAGGAGGACUUCCUGCACAUCCCCAUGGAACGGCUGUUUUUCUUCCUGAAGAGUAACAAACUGAAGGGCUGCAGCGAGAUCGAUUUGUUCCACGCUGCUGUCCGCUGGCUCCGGCACGACGAGUCUCGGCGGCCCAUCGCGAACGAAGUGCUCAGGCAUGUCCGCUUCCCUCUUAUGCGCUCCUCUGAGCUGGUGGAUCGUGUCCAGACCGUGGACAUCAUGGUAGAGGACGUGCUGUGUAGGCAGUAUCUGCUUGAGGCCUUUAAUUAUCAAAUCCUUCCCUUCCGACAGCACGAGAUGCAGUCCCCUCGCACCGUCAUCCGCUCUGACGUCGUUUCUCUCAUCGCUUUCGGGGGCACACCGUACACCGACAAUGACAGAACUGUGAGCGGUAAAGUGUACUAUAUGGCUGACAGUGCAGCAAGGCAGUUCAAAGAACUGACUGACAUGGAGGCGGGCUGCAGCCACGCCUGCGUUUCCGUUCUGGAUAAUUUUGUCUACGUGGUGGGCGGCCAGCACCUUCAGUACCGUAGCGGCGAAGGUGCGGUGGACGUCUGCUUCCGUUACGAUCCGCACCUGAACCAGUGGUUGCGCAUCAAGCCCAUGCAAGAGAGCCGCAUUCAGUUUCAGCUCAACGUACUGCAAGGGCAGCUCUACGCCACGGGGGGGCGCAAUCGAUCCGGCAGCCUGUCGUCUGUGGAGUGCUACUGCCCCAAGAAAAACGAAUGGACGUACGUGGAGUCGCUGAAGAGGAGGAUAUGGGGUCAUGCCGGGGCGACAUGUGGAGACAGACUCUACAUUUCGGGUGGAUAUGGAGUUUCCGUAGAGGACAAGAAGUCACUUCAUUGCUACGAUCCCGCCACUGAUCAGUGGGACUUCAAGUGCCCGAUGAAUGAGCCACGGGUGCUGCAUGCUAUGAUCAGCUUGAAUAGUCGUGUCUACGCUCUGGGUGGAAGAAUAGACCACGCUGACCGCUGCUUCGACGUGCUGGCGGUGGAGUAUUACGUUCCAGAAACGGAUCAAUGGACCACAGUUAGCCCGAUGCGUGCGGGUCAGUCCGAGGCUGGCUGCUGCUUAUUAGACAGAAAGAUUUACGUUGUUGGAGGAUACAACUGGCACCUAAAUAAUGUCACAAGCAUAGUCCAAGUCUAUAACACUGACAUGGAUGAGUGGGAGAGGGAUCUGCACUUUCCAGAAUCUUUUGCUGGAAUUGCUUGUACACCUAUAAUUCUGCCUCAGACUGCCACACAGCGAUGA